GGAAGGUUCAAAAGUGCGAUGGGAUAUUGUACUGGGCCACUUUUGAAUGCCAGUCUGGCCCAUUUCGACUCGACAUUCACGAUCCAGACUGCCUUAUUUGACGGGUAGCUGAUAUAUCUCAUCUUCGAAGCCACUCGGUGCUCCAGAAUCACCCUCUCGGCUGGUGGAACUGAAUCUCCCUGCGCGCCAUCCUACUGCAUCGUGUAUAUAAGCGCCAUCGGCUCCGCUCUGCCAAGGACAAACCUAGAGCGAUCACGUACGACGUAUCGCAAAGGUGCGGCCACAUCCUGUCGACCUUCUCCCCUCCCGAUCCCUCGAUAGACACUUUCGUAAAUCGCAACCUCAGCCGGCUCGAUAAAUUAAACGGCCAUGGGUCUCCACAACCCCCUUCCGUCGUCUAUGGCGUCGGAAUGCAAGAAGUGCGGUAAGAUCCUUGCCAGCUUCGUCGACCCGCGCCAGGCCUUCGGUCCCGAGAAGGUCAUCCCGCCGUCCGUCCUCAUGAACGCCAAGGGCCUCGCCAUCCUGACCGUCUUCAAGGCGGGCUUCCUCGGUUCCGCCCGCUUCGGCAGCGGGCUGGUGGUUGCCCGCCUUCCCGACGGCUCCUGGAGCGCACCGAGCGCCAUCGCAACCGCGGGGGCUGGCUUCGGAGGCCAGAUCGGGUUCGAGCUGACCGACUUUGUCUUCAUCCUCAACGACGCGAGCGCCGUCAAGACCUUCUCCCAGGCUGGGUCGCUGACGCUCGGCGGCAACGUGUCCGUCGCCGCGGGGCCGGUCGGGAGGAACGCCGAGGCGGCGGGCGCCGCGUCGCUGAGGAGCGUGGCGGGCAUCUUCAGCUACUCCAAGACCAAGGGCUUGUUCGCCGGCGUGUCGCUCGAGGGUUCGGCGAUCAUAGAGAGGAAGGACGCAAACACAAAGUUGUACGGGCGGCCUGUCUCGGCGAAGGAGCUGCUCACUGGAACCGAGAGGUCACCCCCGCAGGCGGCGCCGCUGCUCAAUAUCCUCAACUCGAGGGUAUUCAACGGCACGUCGCAGGGCUCGAUGGACGACCGCAUGUACAAUGAUAUCCCCGUCUAUGACAACUCGCACGACUCGGUCAUCUGGGGGAACAAGACAGGUAGCGCAUACGGGGAGGGCCAGUCGCGCGAAGGCGACGCAUCCGAGUCCGGGCAAAGCCACGACGAGUUCGGCCGUCCCAAGCGCGCCAGCACCUGGCGAGACGAUACCUAUGAACCGGCUCGGUUUGGUUCCGGCUCCAGGUCAAACACCUACAACGACGUACCUACCGGCUCGAGGGGUUUCGAUGACGGUGGGUCCAAAGCAGGUGGCCCUGGCCGGCCCUCGGCUCCGAAACCGAACUUUGCUAGCAAGCAGAACCUCCUGAAGAAGAACGAGGCUGUUGCACUGUUCACUUUCGAGGCCGAUCAGCCCGGCGAUCUGGCGUUCAAGAAGGGCGACGUAAUCACCGUGUUGAAGAAGACAGAAAGCGACAACGACUGGUGGUAUGUGUCUCUGGGGCUUUCCACCGGUAAAUAUGAACAGUACUUACCAGUGUUACAGGACCGGCAUGGUCGGUGGAAGAAACGGCAUCUUCCCCAGCAACUAUGUCAAGAUGAAGGAGUGACCGGGUUGGUUGCUCUAUUUGUGGGCCAUGAUUUGACCGCAUUGGGGGAUGGGAAUAGGGGGGUUAUGGGGGAUGGUUUUUAUGCAUUGUGCCGGAUUGAGGAACGGUGCUGUUGACAGCGCAAAUCAACCCCUAUGAUGAAGAGUCGGUUGAAGAGGGCGGAGCCCUUCCACGAUGAAGGGGGGUAGAUAAAUCUGAGGAAGACGGGCAGACAGGCAGGCAGACAGGUGCCACUCCCUCCAACAUUAGCUACAUGCCAGUGGCAAACGACUGGCUGGUGAGUUCGUCCUUUUCUCGCGCCUGUUCCCAUAUCCCAUAUCCCAUGGCUCGCUUGCUGUUUGGAGUUAAGAGGGCAUUGUUGGUAUGGAAAGAAUGUGGCAGGUAUUUCCAUUAUUUCGCCCCUUGGGUCCUUAGUUUAUUAUUCACCAUGAUAUCUCGAGUUCUUUUGCAAACUCAGCUAGAGAGCCUCCUUACUCCAGACUAUUAACGCAGAGAAGUCAAUGCAGCACCAUCUUACAAUUCCAUUUGA